ACGUGGGGACAGCAGGCAUGCCAUGCUCACAGAGAGCACACACAGUGUGCAGGGAGCGUGACAAGACAACAUACAUGAAGGGGACACACAUGGAGUACAUGAGGAGAGCACGCAUGCAGCACCGCAUGGGGGGCACAUAGAGCAUGCAGCAAACGUGCAGAAGGCAUGCACAGAGUGUGUGACAGAGCUUGCACAAAGCAUGUACUGAACACACACACACACACAAGGAGCAUGCACACAGCGCGCCGCAUGAGCACACGUGUACCCGGCGUGUGCAGGAGCACACUUGCACACCCAAAGCACACAGCCCGUGCACGCAGCAGGGGCACAGUGACCCAAAGCUCGCCCGAGCACGCAUACGCAGGCGGCCUAAAUGGGGGGGGUUCCUCCUCUCCCAUCACAUCUCCCCCUCCCAGGCGCUCCCGGGAUAUAGGUUUAGGAUGGAAAUCACACAGCAGCCGGCCCCGGGGCGCCCGGGUGGGUGCUGGAGCACCCUGGGGUGUUUGCGGUGCUACUAACCAAUAAACUAAACGUAGUACCCGGCCCAUGGUGGCACCCUGGGGUGUCUUUGUGGGACAGGGUGCACCCUGGGGUGAGCAUCAGAGUUGGGUGACAGCUGAGAGCGAAAGAGCUCGAUGCACCCAAAGCUAAGCUUGGGACAGUUCAUUCUGGUCCCUACGGAGAGCUCCUUUCUUCUUCAUUCUUCUUCCUCCCACCACCAUGGAUUAGCAGAGAUGUUUGUGUCCAACCUCCCCCCGGCACUUCCCGGCCUCUGCGUCCGGCUAUUGUCCCCCCCCAUCCGGAGCCGGAUCCUGCCCCGGUGCUGGCGGGGGAGAGGGGGGGACCGGGAAUUCAGGAAUGCAGCCCGGGGCCAGCAUGGCGGGCAGCUGGGUGCUGGCCCUGGGCUUGGGGCUCUGCCUCAGCGCGCUGCAGCGGGGAGGCUGCCACACCCCUGGCACGGCCAUGGCACCCCAAACUGCAGCUGUGCUGCGGGACAAUUUCCGCCUGCAGCCAAGCGAUUUGGUGGCCACGGUGGGACAAGUGCUGGAGCUGGAUUGUGUCCCCCCCUCGGGGCACCCCGAGCCCCACGUCACCUGGAAGAAGGACGGGGUGGCCUUGGACUCAGCGGGUGACAGGUACGUGGUCACCAACGGGAAGCUGCGGGUGGCACCGGCGCACCGGAGCGACUCUGGGCUCUACGUCUGCGUGGCGGCCAACGCGGCGGGCAGGAGGGAGAGCCGCGGCGCCCGUGUCUCUGUCCUGGAGAAGCCGACCAUUGUGCGGCACCCGAGUGACACCGUGGCGGUGGCGGGCAGCACCGUGGAGCUGAACUGCAGCGCACAAGGUGACCCAAUGCCACGGGUGCAGUGGCACAAGGAACGUGGGGACCUGCCCUGGGGCAGGCAUGAGGUGGACCAGGAGCACACCUUGCGCCUCUACGCCGUGACGCUCGCCGACGCCGGCACCUACGUGUGUACAGCGCAGAGCCAGCUGGGCACCGCUGCAGCCACCGCACUGCUCCGCGUGGAGGAGCGGCUGCCGACGGGCCGGCGCGAUGCUGCUCCUCGGGACCUGCUGGCCAUGAGGCUGCACUUGGACAAUGGCACCGUGCUGCCCACCGCGGCCGUGCGGCUCCGCUGGCAGAUGCUAAUGAGGACACCAGUGCUGGUGGGCUACAUGGUGCUGUACCGCUGCCUGGUCCCUGCCACCACUUCCUGGGUCCAACAUGAUGCAGGCAAGGAGCUCAGCACCAUCAUCCCUGCGCUCCGCAGGGGCUACAAGUAUGAGUUCAAGGUCCGACCCUACACUGGACGGACCCAGGGCUUGGACAGCAAUAGCAGAUACCUCUGGAUACCUGAGGAAGUGCCAAGCGCAGCACCCCAGCAUGUCACCAUGGGCCAGGCUGAGAUGGGCAACGGCACCGUGGUUGUGAGCUGGGAACCGCCUCCUCCUGAGGCCCACAAUGGCAUCAUCCGUGGCUACAAGGUGUGGUCGAUGGCCGAGGGCUGGCAGCGCCCCACCAACAGGACCGUGGAUGGAGGCACCCACCGCCUGGAAACCCUCAUCCCGAGCCCUGGGGCCCAGCUCUGCGUCCGGGUGGCAGCUUUCAAUGGUGCAGGGCUGGGGGUCCCCAGCAACGUUACCUGCAGUGCCAUGGGGGUGGCAGCAGGGAGCACAGGGCUGGCCCGGGUGCUGCGGCAGCCCAUUGUCAUCGCUGCCACCGGCUCACUGCUCUGGUUGGCUUUGCUCGUCCUCCUCCUGCUCCUAUGCCAGCGCCGCGCCAGCCGGGACGCUGCCAUGCGCCGCAGGCUGGUGGCUGCAGACACGCCGUGGCUUGGUGGCCCCUGGAAACCUGGCUGUGCCCCACAGAACCGCAGCAGCAGCAGCAGCCUCCUGGGCAGCGAUGGCAGGGACCCCUCCACCCUGUCCUUGGAGCCAUCAAGCCUCGGCCCCCCCACACCCUCCAACCACAGCAGUGCCUGCGGGGGGCACCCUCCACCCCUUGGGGACACGGGGUGCUGCAGGGUGGGACACCCAGGGGUGCGCACAUCCCCCAGCACCCCGAACCCAGCUCCCUCGGAGCGGCUCCGCAAGAGAGAGCUGCAGCAGGUGCACAGCACCCCACUGCUCACCGAUGGCCCCGGGCAUGGCCCCAUCCAUGGAAGCAGAGGCGAGUGGGGGCCGGAUCUGGGGCUGGAGUGGCCUCAGCGAAGGGGACACGAUGGUGACACAGGUGCGGUGGUGGCUGGAGGGGACCGGCGGCAGCUCCCGGUCUUCAGCACCCCAAAACCACGUCGGGGCAGCGCCUCCCUGGCCUCCAGUGGCACAAGGUCCCCAGUGCCACCACCCCACGGCUGGCACUCGCCAGUGACACGGUCCCCAGCAACCCCGUACCCCAGGGAUACAUCCCCAGUCACCCGGUGCCCCAGGGACAUGCCCCCGGUCACUGGGAGCCCCAGGGAUGUGUCACCAGCCACCAGGCACCACAAGGACCCGUCAUCAGCCUCCGGACAGCCUGAAGACAUGUCACCAGGCACUGGGCACUCAAGGGGCUCAUCCCCAGCCACAAGGCUCCCAAAGGAGAAGUCUGCGGCCACUGGGCACCGCAGGGACAAGCUCCUGGCCACCAGGUACCCCAGGGACAUGUCUCUGGUCGCCAGACAUCCAUCACUGGUGAGCAGGCACCCAAGACACAUGUUCCUGUUACCCAGGUACCCUGAGGACACACCACCAGUGGUGAGGCAUCCCAAGGACACAACUCCAGCCUCCGGGAGCACAAGGGACACAUCCCCUGUCACCAGGCACCCAAAGGACAUGUCCCCAGCCACCAGGCACCCCAGGGACCCAUCACUGGUGAGCAGGCAUCCAAGUGACACAUUUCUGGACAGCAGAUACCCAAAGAACAUGUCACCAGCCAUGAAGCAUCCCAAGGACACAUCUCCAGGCACGAGGAACACAAAGGACACACCGCCAGCCACCAGGCACCCUGAGGAGAUGUCUCCACUCCCUGGUCACCAGAGGGACAUGUUCUUGGGCACCAGGUACCCCAAGGACACAUCCCCAGCUACCAAGCACCCAAGGGACAUGUCCCCAGUCACCAGUCACCUCUCACCAGCACUCAGCAAUGGGCUCUUCACACAGCAGCGGGUGGCCAAGGACCUGGAGAUGGACCAGGACACCAACUGCCCCAGCCCUGCAGCAGCCACCGCGCCGCGGUCCAUCUCUCCAUUGCACACCUAUGGCUACAUCUACGGGCCAUCGGCCUCCGAGCUGGGCGAGGAGGAGGACGAGGAGGAGGAUGAAGAGCAACCAGCGGCGAGGGGCUCCCCGGUGGGGUCACUGCUGAACGGGUGGGGGUCUGUCUCAGAGGACAACUUCACCAGCGCCCGCUGCAGCUUGGUGAGCUCCUGCGAUGGCUCCUUCCUCCUGGAUGCCAGCUUCGCCCGGGCACUGGCCGUGGCUGUCGAUGGCCUCUGCUUUGGCCUUGAGGACACCGAUGGGACCUACAGAGCAGGUCCCUCACCACCGCCAUCACCCUUGGAGAGGAUCUUCACACCCGGGGUCCCCAUCCCACCCUGGGAUUGGGGGACAGUGCUGGGAAUCCCACGGAGAAUAGGGAUGGAGGCAGCUGCAGGCACCCUGCAGUAUGGUGGCCAUGGGUCGGGCAGCGGCAACCCCUGGUCCAGGGCGGACGGUGAGAUGGGGACAGGAGGGACAGGAGCGUGGAGGUCUCCAGGGUGCAGGAGUCGUCUCAGCUCAGCCAAAAUCCAGCUUUAUUAAGUGGUGCCCCAGAAAGGGGAUCUUUGCAGCAAAAGCCACCCACAGAGGGGGGAUGGCACUAAGGUGGGGGUUGACCCUCCUUCUCCAGCAUCCUUGUCCUUCCCCAGUGUCCCCAUCCCUCCCCAAAUUCUCCAUUCCUCUCC